AUUCAAACUCACCUCACAAACCCAAGAAAACAUUUCUUUCUCCAUUUUUUUCCAACACAAAAAAAAUUUAAAAAAAUCAAAAUCACAACAAAAUAAAAGAGAAAACAACAAGAAGAAAUGGCCUCAUCAAUGAAAUCAUCUUUGAUCCUUUUCUUUACAUGUUCCCUUUUCCUCCAGGUCACUUAUGCUGUGUAUAAAACUGAGGUGAAAUGUGAGAGUUUACCAAAUGGUGAUUGUGCAUUUGCAAUUUCAUCAACAGGAAAAAGGUGUGUAUUAGAAAAAGCAACAACACCAAAAGAUGACUUAAUAAGUAGUGAGUAUGAAUGCAAGACAUCAGAAGUGAUAGUUGAAAACAUGAAGGAACACAUUGAAACAGAUGAAUGUAUUGAAUCUUGUGGUCUUAAUAGAAAUUUCUUUGGAAUUUCUUCUGAUGAUUUGCUUGAGCCUCAAUUUGUCUCCAAAUUAUGUGCCCCUGCUUGUUAUCAAGAAUGUCCCAAUAUUGUUGACCUUUACUUCAACUUGGCUGCUGGUGAAGGAGCAUACUUGCCAGACCUAUGCAACAAGAACAAUAAGUUGAAGAGUAGUGGUGCUGCUGAAGAUGGUGUUGAUGCUCCUGCUCCAUCUCCUUCUUCAUUCUAAAUAUUUUUGCACUUUUAAAAAUAAAAUAAAAAUAUAUAUAUAAAUAAUUGUUUUUUUACAAACAAUUUUAUUGUUGUUUAUGAAGAUAUUGCACUCAAUGUUUAAUUCUUUGGGUUUGCUGAAAUUUUUCUUUGUACCAAUUCUUUUGUCACUGAGAAUUUAAUAAAGAUUCUUCUUCUUUUA